AUGCCAGAUCAGACUACGUUAGAAGCCCCGCAGUUUUCUACCACAGACAGCGCACCGGAACCUGAACUUGUGUCGUCUCCAACCACAGAAAAUCCUCAUUUAGUAGAAACCUCACCAGAGCCAGAACAGGAACCACCAACUGUCAAUUCUGAACCAGAACAAGAACCAUCCACAGAAGUUACUUCUGAACCAGAACAAGAACCAUCCGCUGAAACUGUGAAUUCUGAACCAGAACAAGAACCGUCCACAGAAGUUACUUCUGAACCAGAGCAAGAACCAUCCACUGAAACUGUGAAUUCUGAGCCAGAACAAGAACCAACCACAGAAGCUAAUUCUGAACCAGAACAAGAACCAUCAACAGAAACUGUGAAUUUUGAACCAGAACAAGAACCAUCAACAGAAACUGUGAAUUCUGAACCAGAACAAGAACCAUCCACAGAGACUACUUCUGAACCAGAACAAGAACCAUCCACAGAGACUACUUCUCAACCAGAGCAAGAACCAUCAACUGAAACCGUGAACUCUGAACCAGAACAAGAACCAACCACAGAAGCUAAUUCUGAACCAGAGCAAGAACCAUCAUCUGAAAAUACAACAGAACCAGAAGAAGAACCAUCCAAUGAAACAACUUCUGAACCAGAGCAAGAACCGUCAACUGAAAGUGUGAAUUCUGAACCAGAACAAGAACCAUCAACUGAAAGUGUGAAUUCUGAACCAGAACAAGAACCAUCAACUGAACAAUCUACAGAGCCAGAGAAUGCUCUGAUUGAAGACAGUGUCUCUGAACCGGAGAUAGAACCGUUGGCUAACCAAACAGAUCCAGAGGCCAGUGCGGAAUUUCAAAAUGGUAAUUUCACAACGGUUUCUAACGGCAAUCUGUCUGCAGAAACAUUUCCUUUGCCUGAAGAAGAACUGUCGUCAGCAAACUUUACCGGACAAGAUUUUCUAGAUAAUUCUUCUUAUCCAGAAGCAGAACAAGAAGGUUCUGCGGAGUUUGAACCCUUUGGGAAUUCUACCUCACCAAUAAAUUCCGAGCCGGAAAGCUUGUUUAACAAUCUGACGGAACCUGAAGAUGCUUUUGAACCCGAUCCUGAAUCCGAGGGUAGUUCUGAGAUAAAUCCUGAGCCAGUGGGCGAGGGUGAGGAGUGGCCGGAACCCGGACCGGACUGGUCAACAGCUCUGGACACUUGGGGCUUUGCCUGGCCCUUCCAUAUUUCCUUCACAGCUUUCUGCUUCAUCCUGGUCACUCUGUCAGCCAUUCUGGUGAUCAUCCUGUCUGUUGCCGAGAACGGCUGGCGACGCAGCAGCAAAAGCGUCAUUACUCUGUCUCUUCUCAUCCUUUCUUUUGCCCUCACUCGCGCCAUCUUCUUGUGCUCUGACGCUUACGGCCACGCCUCCAAGGUGUCCAUGGUCUUUCUGAGAAUCGUUUUCUCUGUGGGACUACCGGGUUUUACGGCGUCUUUCAGCAACCUUCUGCUCAUCAUUCUGGAUACCACAAAGUCAACUGCAGGACCACCAAGGUUCCUCAAGUUGUCGUUUGUUCUGCGCCUGUAUUGCGUCCAUCUGUGUGUCGUGGUGGUCGUUGACGUCUUGGUGUUUCAGUUCCAGGGCUGGACCAAGAUCGCGCUGUUCUUGUGCCAGCUCUUCUUCAUUCUCUACGGACUUCUGGCCUCCGUUGGUUUCUUCUACGCCGCGAGAAUACUCAAGAGGAAUUUGGCGGCUUCAAAGGGGAUGAAAGACGGCCUGCAGUCUCGGCUGAGCUUCCUCCGAGUCCUGUCGUACGCGUGUGGUGUGGUGGCUACAGUACUGGCCGUGGUGAACAUGUACGCUGCAGUGGGAGACAUGGGCGUGUUCAGCGAGAAGCUGACGGUGGGGGCGUGGCAGUGGUGGGCGGUGACCACGACCAUGAGAACCCUGGAGAUCGCCGCUUGUGUGCUGGUACUGGCGGCGUUUAUGAACACAUCCAAGGCGAGUGUGCUGAAGGGUGGCUGGGCCCGGGUGAGGCGGAGGAUGGGUGGACUGAACACACGAGUGAGCCCGCGACACAAGCUGAGGGCAGUCACAGAGGCGUGGGCCGUGAGGGUGGACACUCGACACACCACCGUCUCCGAGAGUGAGAAAACAUAGGAGGAGGAGGAGGAGAAGGAGGAGGAGGGGGAAGAGGGGGAAGAGGAGGAGGAUGGGCGGACUGAACACACAAGUUAGUCCACGUCACAAGCUGAGGGCAGUCACAGAGGCGUGGGCCGUGAGGGUGGACAUUGUACACAUGACUUUCUCCGAGAGUGAGAAAAUAUAGCAGGAGGAGGAGGAGCAGAAGAAGAAGAAGAAGAAGAAGAAGAAGAAGAAGAAGAAGAAGAAGAAGAAGCGUUCAUAUGGCUCUCAAUCACCCUAGAAAUCACUCUGUGGGCGUUGUACAAUUAUUAUGAUUACAGUAGAUGGCAUACAGACACAAAAAUGUCUUUGUUGAAGUGAAGAAAAAAUCAAAUUGGAAUUCGUGAUUUUAAAAAGAUGUAUUUACACAUGGGUUUGAAAACGUUCGGUAUUUUCUGUUUCUCUCAAUUCAGUUUUUGUGGGAAGGCAUUCCGGGUAAUAGAGCCAAUACAUUCUAAAGUGCUUUCGCGAAAUAACUUAGAUUUAUUUCAUUUUGAGUAUUCUUGAUUUAGUGGUGCAGUUGAUGACUGUAGUUCAGUUGUCAUGGUAAAAUGUAUUGAGACCUCUUGCUUACAACAAUUCAAAAUAAUGACACAUUUUAAUGUGUAUGGUAUAUUGUGGAUUUUUAAAAUUGUGUUGAUGCAAUUUCACAUAUAUUAAAAACAAAGAAAUAACAAU